AUGCAAAUCGAUGCUGAGAGAUACAAGGUGACUCUUACGAGCCCGAGGUCCCUCUUAUCACCACAAAACAUCAAGCUGGCGUUCACACUCCCUGAACAGCACGCUGCUGAGCAUUCCUGUUCUCGCUCAGUAAUCGCGCGCCACCGUUAUUACGCUUUGACUGCGAAUGGGGGAGCUGCGGACCAAAACAUCGGCGAUUCCGAGGACACACGCAAGGUGGGUGACGCUGUGCCUGACGUCGCAAAUAUCACCGGUGCACUGGCCUCUGGCGGUACGGCUCACGCUCGCGAGCGCUGCUACCAUGUAGCGUCUGCGAUGCGGAUACCCGCUAGACCAGAUAAAUCCGUCGUGUUAUUCCGCGAUCGAUACGUCACACAGGACUCGUGGAAGAUCUUCAACUGGGCGCCUCCAUUGGCGAGCUCGUCCAAGUUUCAUCUCUAUACGCGAGCAUCUCCUCUUCACGCAAAGCAAGUAUGGACUGCGUCAGCAUCCCGUCUCGGAAUGCAUUGGAACGAGAACGACCCACCAGUGAGCCGCACACCGGCACCGCCCGAUGCACACGAGCGCCGAUCUCAAAUUACCCAGGUUCUGGCGGCCGCGAAGUCGAGCCGCAGCCCCGCAAAACCUCAUCCGGAGCCACCUGCGAGCGAUCUUCGCUCGCCAGAAUGCAGAGCGGGUGCCUUCGCAAACGCCGCGGAGCCGUUGUGGGACCAGGAUGCUCGGAUAAGCGCUGGUUCGAACCACGAUCACAUGUCACCAUCCCAGGAAAGUGAGGGCAUGCACGCCACGCAUCCCAUGGGAACCGAUGAACAUAUCGAGAAAGGCGCUGAUCCGCUGCUUUUGGCUAUGCCCAUGACUCGCGCCGUCGCGAAACAGCGUCGAGCUGCGUCUCCAAUGCGCGCUGAGAACGCUCGUCAGCGUGCGAAUCGACUAUGGGUUCCAGCGAGAAUAUCGCACAAGGCUUCGAAGCGGCGAUCCAGUGCGGAUUCGAGACAGAGGAACGGACCUGGUUUUUCUCAAACUCGACCUGCUGAGCUGCUGAUCCCCGUUGGAAAAUUGCGGCCCGAAUCGGAGCACCACGAAGAUCCAGGACGUGUCAUCAAGCCGGAAGAAAUGGCUCGUAUGGGUAGAGUUUUUCGGGAGCGCUUUCCAGAGCCUCCAUCCGCCUUGAGCAGCAUCCCAUCGAGUGGCUGGUGUCUAGAGCGCAUUACUGAAGAAGCAAGCGCUUGGUGGCGGCGCAACUACAGCGAGCAAUCCGAGACGUGGUUCCAGCGCUGGCAUGCGUACGUGCGUUUCGUGCGGCAGCGUCUCAGUCGGAGCAGGUCGAAAACCGCUCGAAUUUCUGCUGGGUGCGCCCGCCGCUGGCUGGCUCAAUUCCUUCGAUCGAACGUCGCGGUGGAUGCACACAGCGCGCCAUCGAGCUCGUACACCGAUCAGUCGGAUGCCGCCGCUGAACGGCCAGCACAGACGCACCCAGUACCACUAUCCGUGCGCAACGGUUCCAUGAUGAAGCGCUCGUUUGCGACGUACCCAAGUUAUACACCGCAAACCAGAGCGCGAUACCGCCGCUACCAGUACAGAGAAUGCGAUAUGAUCUCGCUGCCGGUGGGUUGCGAUGCACGCACACUGCUGCGCUGCUUCAGCGAGGACGCACCUUUGCGCCAGGCACAGGCACUGCCUGCCAAAGAACCAGUGUGGAUACGAGGUCUGCCGGGCCAGGGCACACGACGAUGGCCGGGUUACAUGCUGGGCACACUGGACAGACGCCUCAUUGAUGUCGAUGCAGGCGUUUCGCUGGUUGCAGUGCAAGCCGCUGACGGGAAUCCAGAGUACGUCGCAAAUGCGCAGAUGUACGUUCUGCCGCAGCACCAAAUAGAACCAUUUCGUGCCUCCGAAGUGAAGGCAACGUUUGCAGCAGAGCUUGCUCUUCGACGGCCAGCGUCCCGCCAGAGCGCUCGAUUCGAACAUGCGUUCAGCGAGGUGUACGCUUUGUUUCUGCAAAAUGCUGGUUCACAAUGCGUGUGA